CUUCUCAUUCUGUAAGCCAAAGGUCUCAAAGAAGGCGCUGCAGUGGCUUGGUCAUGGCAAGCGAGGUGAGAAGCUGGUCGCUCUGGAGAGCCGUGCUGGCUGAACUAGUUGGCAUGCUCCUUUUCAUAUUCAUCGGCAUUGCAGCAGCCAUCGGUAAUCCGUUUAACAGUAACCCCGACCAGGAGGUGAAGGUGGCUCUGGCUUUUGGCUUGGCCAUUGCCACGCUUGCCCAAAGCCUGGGCCAUGUCAGCGGUGCCCACCUCAAUCCUGCCAUCACGCUGGGCCUGCUCACCAGCUGCCGGAUCAGCGUGCUUCGGGCUGUGCUGUACAUCCUUGCUCAGAUGACGGGGUCUGUCCUAGCCAGUGCCAUCAUGUAUGGACUGAGACAUGAUUACAGUGUCUCCUUGGGACUUAACCAGUUAGCACCUGGAAUAUCCCCUGGCCAAGGCUUUGGGAUUGAGUUUCUGGGCACCUUCCAGCUGGUUCUGUGUGUGUUGGCCACCACUGACAAGAAGCGGUCCGACAUCUCUGGCUCUGCUCCUCUUGCUAUUGGUCUCUCAGUUGGAUUGGGACACUUUGCUAUUAUCAGCUAUACAGGAUGUGGUAUUAACCCUGCUCGUUCUUUUGGACCGGCUGUCAUUCUGCGAUCAUUUAAAAACCACUGGGUGUACUGGAUAGGCCCCAUAUGUGGAGGGAUUUCUGCGGCUCUGGUGUACGACUUCUUGCUCUGUCCGAAGCAAGAGGGCAUGGCCAGACGAAUGAGCGUGCUGAGGAAAGGAGACAACUCUGAGGAGACUCAGCAACUCUCCCCCAUAGAAGACACAGAGACCAGUCAGUGGCCAAGGCACUAAUGAUCACAGCCACUGCAUUACCUCUCCCUGUGUGUGGAUACAGUAAUAACGUAGCAUACAGUAACAGGAUGUCAUUUCAUGCCAUUAAUAUUGUGACAUGCGACCAUGAUGUUUAAAAUGGCAUUGUUUAUUUUAAAGUAGUGGGUGUUAUUGUGCCUUUAAUUUGGUGUUUCAUUUUUUCCUGAAUGUUGAUAGUGAUUGUUGCC